UGGAGACAUGCUGCAACUCAAUGUGGACCUUAAAUAGCUUUAUGAGGAACUCUCCAACUUCACAAGCGCAGCGAGUCUGUUUUCAUCCGCUGUUCUUGACUGAGGUGGAUUUCAUUAAUGGAUCAGGUCAAAGUGUCGCAUCCUCCUUACUGAAGCCCCGUCCACAUGACUGCCCGCCGCACCAUGAGCGCGUGUGACCGCAGUGCUUUCUGCCUACGGAGGCGCUUACUGGGGGCUCUGAUAUUGUUGGCUGCCAUGCAGCCGUCGCGCGCUGACUGCCCCAAAUCAUGUGUGUGUCACACUCCCUCUGAAGUGCACUGCGCCUUCAGGUAUCUGACCGCAGUACCUGACCACUUCCCACCAGCUGUGGAAAGAAUUAACCUUGGGUACAAUGGUCUAACUUUCUUGAGAGAAAGCGAUUUCUUGAGGCUUGAGAAGUUGCAACUGCUGAUGCUGCACAGCAACACCAUACACAGCCUGGAGGACAGCCCCUUCAGAGAUCUCAGGUCUUUACAGGUCCUGAAGAUGUCACAUAAUAAAAUCAAGGAAUUACGCAAAGACACAUUUAAAGGCCUGGACAGUCUGCUGAGACUCCACAUAGACCACAACCAGAUAGAGUUUAUCAACCCAGAGGCUUUCUAUGGCCUGACAAACUUGCAACUGGUCCAGCUGGAGGGCAACCAACUCCAGCAGCUCCACGCAGACACAUUCAUCACACUGAGACACAGCCAGGUUUUCAAAGUGUCCUCGCUAAGAACCAUCCACUUGUCAGACAAUCUUCUUAGCACUCUGCCUGCUGAUAUUUUCUUAGGCUGCAGUCAGUUGGAGAACCUCUUCCUCCAUGGCAACCCGUGGAGAUGUGAUUGUCAGAUGAAGUGGUUCUCAGAGUGGAUGCAAAGGAACUCUGGUGUGCUGAAGUGUAAGCGAGACAGGCAAGGCCAGCAGUGUCCUGUUUGUGAAACUCCUGCCCUUCACCACGGUCAACCUGUAUUUAUCCUCCACCGAGAUGCCUUUGUUUGUACCAAACCCUGGAUUAAAUCCCAUCUUAAGCAGAAAAAUAUAAGCCUGGAGGAAGGGGACUUUAUUCCUGUUUACCCCAAGGACUUUAUUGCCCCGUUAGGCUCCAUACAGAUGAACCUGACUGACCAGUCUUACCAAGAUGCCAGUCUAACAUGUACUGUUCAGAUGCCUACUGCUUUUGAAAACCUGAUGCAAACUGCAACAGAGGACGAGGGAAGAGCUGUGACAGGUCUUACCACCAGUAUCACUACAUAUCUGGUGUGUAACGUCGACCAUGAACACAUCCAACAACUCUGGCAGAUCUUGGCCACUUACAGUGACUCUCCUAUGAGGCUCGAAAGAGGCGUGAUGCUGGCCAGAACACCUGAAAUGAUUUACAGAUACAGUCAGGCGAAACCUGGAGAGGAAGGAGUUACAACAAACCUUAAAGCUGACAUUAAAGCAACUCCUGCAUGGCUAAUGCAAGGAGAAGUGAGCCUCCAGCUUGACCGUACUACAACCACCUAUUCUACCUUGCAUAUUAAGUACCAGUCAAUUGUCAGUUUAGAGCUCGAAGCUAUAACUACGAAAAGAGGUCGUUAUUCCUGGACCAUGAUCAAAAGAGACAAUCAAACUAAGACUGAGCACAUUGUGAUUGCAGGUGGUGUGGCAAAGUUGAGCUGUCAUAUCCAAGGUGAUCCAAAGCCUCUGACGGAGUGGAUUUUACCAGAUGGAAGUAAAGUCCGGGCUCCUUUUUACAGUGAGGACAGAAGGAUAGUGAUCUCUGCUGAUGGGGUACUAACUCUUCGUGGCGCAGAUGCCUCUGACACUGGUCUGUACCGGUGCAUUGCCACAAACUACUUGGAUGCGGAUGUCCUCACGUUUCGGGUAACUGUACUUUCUCCCGACGUGGAGGAGGCUGAGGUUAAUGGUCUUCAGCUCUCAAAGUCAAUUGAUGAUAAGCUUAUGCUUGACUGUAGCUCCACUGGCAGUCCCAGGGGCUCUGUUUCAUGGAUUCUCCCCGACCACUCAGUGCUCGACAAGUCUCAAGCAAAUAUAAAGGUGUUCGAGAAUGGCACACUUCUGAUUCAAGGCCUCACAGCCAGGGACAGAGGAUUUUAUAGGUGCUUGGUUGCUAAUCACCUGGGAAUUGACUUACUCGUGUCUCAGGUAACACUAUCCGAAGAAAGGUUUGAGGGCAUGACGGAUCUGAAAAGUGAAGGAUCAGGAAUGGCGAUGGACUCCAAGAUGGACUCCUAUUUGGAAGAUCAUACAGUCAAACUCAAAGAGAAUGAGUUUUCUGCUCCUUCAGAAAAAACGAGUCAGGAAUCCAGGACUGUCCCUUCAGAUCGGCCCUACCCUAGACUGCGACCACAGGGGAGAGGAAGUUCUCAUGGUAGAAUGGGACAAAGAAGGAGGGGAGCAGCUCACAACAGACGUAUGUGGAGUAGUAGGGUGUUUGCUCAAGCCUCCAGGAAGAUUGACCCACAGAAAUUUGCUGAAUUAAUGGAAAAAGCUCAUGAUGGAUCAAAAGUAAAGACCAGCACAGUAAGCGAGAGUGUCAAAAGUAAAAAUCCACACACAGUUUAUAUUGCUGAGGAGGAAACUGGUUCUGGUGGGGGUUAUAUAGAUGAGCAUCUCAAUGUGGCCCCAUGGAAAGUGAAACCAACCACAGAAACUAUGGAAACAUAUAAACCAAUAAAGCCUGUAUUCACACAUACACCAUGUGAGUUUCGGAUAACAGAAAUUUACCCCCUGGAAAGAACCAGCAUGCCACCUCCAGAUCUGAACCCUGUCACCAGGAGAGAUGAUACACAAGUAACUCACCUGAGUGUUUUGGAACAACCAACUGCGGAGAUGGAAACAUCCACUGGACCAGCCCUCGCACUGACUACAGACCCCAACGUAACUCCAGUAAUGGAUGAUCCAGACCUAUUGGAGUUCAUACUUCACACAGACCCAAAGAGCCAAAUGACUUUUACAGCAAUUACUACCACAGAAAGAGAGAAAGACAUAAUCACCUUCCACACUACACAAACAAUCAAGUCCCCGCAGUUGCCUGCCGGCUCCACCAUCAUCUCGAAGCAACAGAUCAAAAUAAUUCCACACAAGAGCAACAGAGGAACAAGUGGCAGGAGGACCCUGAAUGGUCGGAGGAGGUUAAUUAAACCCAACAGGAUCACUGACAUACAGUCUUUUAUCAAUCGAUUUAAACAGCCAUCUGUCAAGAAGGAAGAAAAUACCACAGAUUGUGACUGCAAUGAGAACAGGAAGACGGGAACGAUUAAUGCUCAGCCUGUCACGCCGACACUUUCCUCAAAUUCAUUUUUAAGCAAAAGAGAAAGGCCUACCUCUACACAAAAAACUGCAACGUCUGUCACAAAUCAUUACAAUGCAAAUACCCCUGUUAUCCAUGCUCAGUCAGGAUCAGAGGCCUCUUCUGAAUAUAUAACAUCUGCCGGGACACCAGAAAUUGACUCAACAAUCUGUCCUUUUCCUACCCCAAUAGAAGAACAGCAAAUUAGCACCACAAAAAGUACCACAACUAAACCCAAGGUUAUCCAUGGAAAGAUACCAUGGAACAGACUAUUUGGAAACAGUGAAAGGGUAAAACUGCUGGGCAAAUUAAAGAAACCAUUCAGUCAACCAAAAACUACAUUGGUUCCUGCACUCCCUACUGGUGAAACUACCACCAUGACAAUCCCACAAGGCAUCCUUUGGACUCUCUCACCAUCCAAAAGUGCAAACAGCAAAGAGAGCUCAUUAGAUGAUGAAGGUUUAACAUCUGGAGACUUUGAGUUUACAACACUUGGAACUGAAUAUUACCCAACCAAAACAAGUGCAUUUGAUUAUUCCAGGUCUUUGAACACAGCUCAAACACCAACAGAAAUACAAACUCUUCCUGCUCCACCUACUGCAGAUCAACAUUCAGUUGACAAUCCUGAUAGAGUAUUAACAUCAGGAUCUGGAGGUUCUUCAGAUCAACUCGCAAGCAACCAGAGUUUUGGUGGAAGAAGAAGACAACAGGGAGGAAGAAAGAAGCCUUUUGGGGGAAGGAGACUCUUCAAGAGACCGAAAUUUAGAAAAGUCAUUUCUAAGACAAAUGUGGUUUCGAAUGGAGAGGUUACAACUAAGAAAAAUGCAAAUGAUGAAACCACACAAUCUGUUUCAUUUUACAGUCCCACUUACACACUUUCAAACCCUCAUCAUACAACUACAUUGAUGCCUGGAACCACAAAGCAACCUUAUGUAACUGUUCAGAACAGAGUCAGCAAUGUCAGACCUCCAAAACAGAGAAAUAAUGGUGACACUUCUCACCAGUCACCACACAGGACAAUCAAACCUAUAGAAAACAGUAGCAAUGCAAAGGGAAAAGCAGAGAAAGGUCUUGCUUUUGACACAAUGACUACAUUUACAUCAGAUGAAUAUUAUUAUGUUCCUUCUAGAGAAAAAAAAGUCACUCAUAACUCUAUCCCUGGUGCCCCUAAUCAUUUCAUGGACAAUGAAGAGACCACUGCCAGGACUGUUCCAGUAAACCCAACAGCAAAACCCACAGGGAGCAAACCAAGGAUAGUUGGAGGAAAUGCAGCAAGCUUUACUGUUUUGUCCAACUCAAAUGCUUUCCUCCCAUGUAAGGCUGUGGGAAACCCGCCUCCGGUGAUAACCUGGAAACACUUCUCCUCAUUCACAGGAACCACUAUUUCCAUCACUGAGAAAACAGGCAGGUUUGAAGUGCUGAGCAACGGAACCCUAACCAUCCAAAAUGCCAAUAUUAAGGACCGUGGCCAGUACCUUUGUCUCGCUGAGAAUUAUCAUGGCUCAGACAAACUUCUUGUUACCCUCUCUGUGGUAGCCUACCCCUCACGGAUCCUUGAGCCAAAAAUGAGAGAAAUUAAAUCCCAAACGGGAGACAGAGUGGAAAUGAAAUGCAAAGCUGAAGGCCGACCGUUACCUAUGAUUUCUUGGAUCUUGGCAAACAGGACCCAAGUUAGGGGUGAAACUAUGGAGAGAGGAAGGGUACUGGUAUCGUCUGAGGGGACCCUGAUUAUUGACCAUGUGUCUAUUUAUGACAGGGGAUAUUAUAAAUGCUUUGCCAGUAAUCCAGCAGGAGCAGAUACGGCUACUGUUCGACUGCAGGUGGUUGCGGCACCCCCAGGUAUUGUCGAGCAAAAACGGCAGCAGCUGAAAGCCAGGUGGAGACAAAACCUGUGGCUCCCUUGCAGUAGCUACGGCACUCCACAUCCCAGCAUUCACUGGGUCCUCCAUGACGGAUCAGUGGUCAGAUCUCAUCCACAUAUGAGUGAAAAAAGGAUAUCAGUGCUUGCAAAUGGGACCCUUUUUAUAAAAGAUGUGAAUCCGGAAGACGAUGGAAAAUAUGAAUGUAUUGCUACCAGCUCCACUGGUUCAGAGCGAAGAGUAGUAACUCUGUCAGUGGAAAAACAAGAGCAUCCACCUGAGAUAGUGGAGACAUCUCAAAACAUGACAGAAAUGUCUUUUGGGGAUCAGUUAAGGCUCAACUGCUCAGCAACAGGAGAACCUAAACCAAAGAUCCUCUGGAGACUUCCAUCAAAAGCUGUUGUUGACCAGUGGCACAGGAUGAGGAGCAGAAUUCAGGUCCUGGUUAAUGGAACCCUCGUUGUCAACACAGUAAGUGAAAAAGAUGCUGGAGAUUACCUUUGUGUGGCACAAAGUCCAAUUGGAGAUGCUCUUCAGCUCAUGAGGGUCACUGUGUCGAUGAAGCCAGCCAAAAUAGAGCCUAAGUUUAAUAGGAAAAAACAGGUUCACUAUGGCAAAGACUUGAGAGUAGACUGCAAAGCCUCAGGAGCACCAAAACCUGAAAUCUCUUGGGGCCUACCAGAUGGCACCUUGGUCAACAGUGCUUUGCAGGCUGACGCUGGCCAUGGAGGAGGACGAGCACGUCGCUAUACGUUGUUUGAAAAUGGAACUCUGUUUUUGAACCAGGUUAGUACUUCUGAGGAGGGGGAUUAUACCUGCUACGCUGAGAACCAGGUGGGAAAAGAUGAGAUGCAUGUACAUAUUACCGUGGUGACAGCUGCCCCAAGAAUACGUCCGCCAAGCCAAACCUACGCCAGAGUGAAGCCUGGAGAAACUAUUCGCUUUGACUGUGAAACGUUUGGGGAGCCAAAACCAAAAAUUCUGUGGAGGCUAUCUAACAAUGAUGUAAUAGCGGUGUCAAAUGAGCGGCACUUAAUUCACGCCAAUGGUUCACUGGGUAUACGAGAUGUGACACUUAUUGAUGCUGGGGAGUAUGUCUGCAUGGCUCGCAAUCCUGUUGGAGAAAACCGAAGGACUUAUAAGUUAGACAUUGAUGGGGAUCCUCCGGUCAUCAAUGGCUACCAACAGAACAGAACAGUUAUCAAAGAUGUGGCUAUAAAACACUCUAGGAAACUUUUAGAUUGCAAGGCUGAAGGUGACCCCACACCAACCGUCACUUGGAUUAUGCCUGACAAUAUCUUUCUUUCAGCACCAUACUUUGGCAGCAGGAUUAAUGUCCAUCCUAAUGGGACUCUAGAGAUUCGGAAUGUGCGACCUUCUGAUAGUGCGGAAUUCAUUUGCUUGGCAAGGAACGAUGGAGGAGAGGCAGUGAUGGUCGUGCAACUGGAGGUUACCAGUGUGCUGCGUAGGCCAAUCUUCAAGAACCCCUUUAAUGAACGUAUUACGUCUCGGAUUGGAAAAACUACCAUUCUGAAUUGUUCAGCCGAUGGUCAACCAAGGCCUGAGAUCAUUUGGACUUUGCCUAAUGGAACACAGAUUACAAGUGGAUCCAGCCACAGCUCUCGUCUCAGACCAGGUGAUGAUGGGACUUUAGUCAUCUAUGGCUCCCGUGAAGAAGAUUCUGGAAAGUACCGCUGUGGGGCCCGGAACUUUGUGGGCUACAUAGAGAAACUAAUCAUUUUGAACAUUGGACAGAAGCCAUACAUCUUCACAAGGCCUAAAGGCGUCGUACGCAGCAUUUCUGGGGAACCCCUGUAUCUUCACUGUCUAUCUGAUGGAAGUCCCCGACCCAGAAUCUACUGGACUAUUCCUGGUGGUCACACUCUUUCUCAGCCUCAGAUACUUGGUCGCUACCAAUUGCUAGAGAAUGGUACUCUGGUUGUUCGUGACACUACUGUCCAUGACAAAGGGAACUACAUCUGCAGGGCUCGCAACAAUGCUGGAGAGGCACUCAUUACCGUUCCUGUCCUUGUGAUUGGUUACCCUCCACAGAUCACCAUGGGUUCACCUCCUAGGCUGACAGCAAUAAUUGGAACACCGUUAAAGCUCAGUUGCGCUGCAACUGGAAUCCCAAAGCCAGAAAUCACCUGGGAACUUCCAGAUCAUUCAGUUCUUUCAACAGCAGAGCAGGGUCGGCCUACGGGUAGUGAGCUGCUUCACCCACAGGGCACACUGGUCAUCCAGAGGCCAUCUUCUUCUGACUCUGGACCGUACAAAUGUUCAGCCAAAAACUACCUUGGUACAGACUCAAAAGUCACAUUUGUUCUUGUACUUUGAGAGGAGGUCGUAAAUUUAAAUGUCAACACUGAGAGAUCAAGCCACACCUGCAGGGCUGGCCCAAGCCUCCAUGGGGCCCUAAGUGAAAUUUGGUUUUGGGGCCCUGCAGUUCUGCUAACAAUAUGGACUGGCUGCAAUCAGCAGCCCGGUCAUUAGAUCAUUCAUAAACCUGCUAUAAACUUAUUGUAUCUCUGGAAGUGCUGUUUUUAUCAUAUACAUGUAUAAUAGGAUACAUUUAUUGGUAAACUGAUUUAUCGACCAGUUGAUUUCUGGGCGCCGAUUUCCUUAAUUUUGGGGGAUUCUGAUUGGUUGACACUUACAUGUGAAGCCCAUCUUAUCCCCUGAUCUUAUCUUCGUCAGCAAAGGUUUAAAAAAUCAGUCUCUGUCCUCUUCUGCUCUGCAGUGAGAGGUUUGACUGACAAACCGACCCACCAGGUCAGGUCUGAAAAUUUACACUUAACAAUAUUCACCACACUGUUGCCAACUGAGUGAUUUGUUUGCUAUAUUUAGCGACAUUUCAGACAAGAAAAAUUUAUAUCAGCCAAAAUCAAAAUCAGCAGGUCAGGCUUUCUAAAGAUUGGUAACCAGGGAUCGGCCAGAAAACUGCAAUUGGUGCAGCUCUACAUACAUAUUCAUGACGUUCUUUGAUUACAUAAAUUUUUCUUAAGCAUUACUCUAAUAGCUAAAAAUGUAAUUUAUACCAGGUGAGUCUUUCUCACCUGUGAAUGUGGAUUGGUACUGGACUGGACUGGACUUCAAAUGAUUUUAACAGAAGUUUCACUUAACUUAGAAGUUGAUAUAAAAACAAUGUUUGUUUUAACCACAAAAGGAUUAUGCUCAGCAGCAAACAACAUUAUCACCAGAGCAGCUCAUCGAUGUAGCAUCUAUGUAGCCUGACGUAAAAACGUUUGGCUAGACAAUGUCAAACAUUGAGAAGUUUUAAUUAUUGUUAUCAAAUGUUAUCAAACAUGGCAUUUUGAAGCCAAAAAUACCUCAGAAAUAUACAGAACCAACCAUGAGAAUCAACUCAUCAACCCUGCCUGCCAUUGCCAGAAGUGGAAACUAAAUGUCUGGACUUUCAUACGUGCUGCAGAAAUAAGUUGACCAACCCUGUUAAACUUGGGAAGUGAAUUGCGCUGAAUUGCAAUUCCCUCCUACUGUGUGGGCCAACCUUUUCACAUGGAAAUUGUAUUUAUUUCAAUGUGGGAUUUCUGCUGAGUGUCGCAGUCAAUCCACAUUGUUUUACUUGUUGCAAAAUUAAAAUGACAGGAGGUAAAGUAUGCAUUAAAAAGUCUUCUAAAGACAAUUUGAUGAAUUACACAGCUCUUUUAAUUAUAUAAAAUCAUAUGUAAGUCAUACACUGGAGACGUAUCUGUGAGAGCAGACAGACCACUUUUUCAAUACAGAAUUGGAUUUCUUUGAGUGUUUUGUGUCUUCAAGACGAUUAAAAAAAACUUCUAAUUUUUGAAAUAUAAGUAUAACACACCAAACAGCAACAAAAAUUACAGUAUCGCCUACAAUAAUCAGUAAUCACUUCGAAGUAUCUCAUAACAAUAAAUUGAAGGAUAAACAUGACUGUUUUUUUUCUUUCAUGUGGGUUUUGUUAAGUUAAAAAGUAGUACACUGAGAAAAUAAAAUAAAAAAUAUUUAAAUAAAGGUAAUGUCUCUGCUUAACAUUGAUGUUUAGCUACCCAGCUGUGAAAUUAGCCCUUUACCCAACUCCUCUGUAACAAGGAAGCCACGAGAGAAGCUUUUAUUUUUGUAGGUAAACUGUUUUACCGAUUUUCUCUCUUCCUGCAAACCAAACCAUGAAAGGGAUAUAAAAGAAGCAAAAGCAUUAGCUGUAUAGACCUGUGUAAAAUUAGGAAGACCUUUUAUUUAGUUAUCAUAACAUUUGUACAUGAUUGUUUUCAGGCGUUCCUGAAGAAAUUCAGCUCCUGCUCUCUGUUGUCCUGAGAAAUGUGGCAGUGUUUUGAGUUGUAUCAGCCACAACUUGUAUUAUUAUCAUUACUGAAGCAGUUAGACCUGUGCAACUGUUUAGGACAGCAAGACUGCUGAGCUUAUCGUUCAAACUGUUUCUCAGUCCAACACUCCUGUUAUUAUAAAGUUCUAAAGGUAGAGUGUCAAAAACAGGAGGAACUUCUUAAAGAGACAGAGGCCAAUUUCAAGUUGUCAAAUUGCGAAGUCAAAUUUCUUUUAAGUUAUAUUUGAUAUGUACAACAUUUUCAUACCAACUGAAGAUAACAGUUACUUGAUUGUGCUGUAAAAUGACACCAUAAGGCUGGAAAAUACAUAGUACUGGUACUAGUACUUUAAAUAUGUAUUUUCCAAUAAAUCAGUUUUCAUGAGUCAGGAAAAACUUUUUCAAAGUCUAGAAUCAAUCGAGAGCAGUCCAUAAUCACCAAGGCAAAUAUUGAGAAAGAGGGACUUGGCUUGUAAUGCAGAUUUGCAGAAAGUGUUUUCAUUUAUGAGUUGCAUGAUAAUAAAUCAAAAUCACCAUUCUUAAAACACUACAUAAUCUAUGUUAUUCAUUUUGCUGAAGAGAGAUUAUUAUUCACAAAAUGGGACCUUCGUGGAUAGCUUUAGUUUAUUUUUUCAGUUCUGCUGUUUCAGUUCUUAAGACGGGAUGUACUCUAUGUUGAAUAUUUAUGAGAACUUUAGACAAGAAUGUGUAAUGUACUUCAAAGAGCCUCAGAUAUUAUUGAAAAGCUACACUAAAAAUGCAAAGUAAGCUUAUUAUUCUUCAUUUUAUUACCUCUUGGCGUACUUACUUGACAUAAGCUGGAAGGUUAAAGUGCUAACUCUCCUUGAUGUUGUAGGAAAACAUGUAACACAUGCAAGGUAAAUUUUUCCUAACUAGAGCAGACAUUGAAGGCUGUUUAGCAAUGUUUUACAGUUUAUUGCAACAUUAUUACACCCCUUAAAUUUCACAUUUUGUGAAGAGAAGGAAACUUGUAAAUGAUUAAAAAAAUAAAAUAAAAUCAGCACAUAAAAUGUCUAAAAAGUUAAAUUUACAUUUAUGCUUAACUUAGAUCAAUGUCCCCAAGUCAUUUUUGCUUCUGGAUCUUAAUGCUUUUUUAGCGCUGUAUCUAAGUUACUAUGUUCAUUUCUGCAUUUCUUACAGCAUUUCACCAACUCAAACGAGAAAUCCAGAGGGCAGAGGUUUUGUUUUUACAUUUUCAACAAUUUCAAUUGUUGCAAAUGUUACUUACAUUAGUUAUACCUUUCUCUACACUCAGACCUGGUUUUGAAAUCAGGUUUCUCCUUUACCCUUUUGCCUAAUCAUUCAAUUAGUAACUGAUAUAUCCGACUACUGUUCUAAUCAACAGGUAAUAGUUAUAAUAGGGUUACAAUGUACUUUUAAGAGGAGAAAGGUACCUGCAGACAGACAGAGGAAAGGAAGUGAAAAAGUUUUGACUGGAUACACAAGGAAAACCACAGUAGAGUGAGACAUACUUUUGGUUUGUGGGACAAAUUCCAUACAUGAAAUAAAACGCUGGCUGUGCGAAGCUGGAGGCUAAUAUUUUCAGACGCUGGGAGAUCGCAAGCAGUGGUUUUCAGACACUACUCUUCUGUUAACAUUACAGGAUGCCCUUUCUCUUUAAAGCCUCAAGCUGAAGUCCCCUGAAGGACACAAUGAAUGCUUUCUUCUAUUUAUUUAUUUAUUUAUUUUUUUUCAGAAAUCAAGAAGAUAGUUUCAUAUGUUUACAAUAUUAGAGAUUCUUUCCGUCACUUUCAGCUUGUUGAAUACACAAAUAUCACGCAUACAUUAACUCUAUGAAGGAAAUGCAUUUGUCUGUAACAGCGGUCCUGCUGGAAUUUCUCACUGGCAGUGUAGAAUCCACACCUCCGACUUCCAGCUACAGGGAACAGCGAUCUCUUGCACCUCCCUUCAAGGUCGGGGCUGUCAGUCUACAACUGCCGUUCAGGUGUCUUGAUCUUUCUGCUGGAACCACGGGGAAUAAGAAUUUACAUGUCAGCAAAGGCUCGUGGGAUAUGCAUGCAGCGUUCGUUGAUUGUUGGAGGUAGCAGCUUUUAUGGAUGUAAGACUUUACAUAAAAAACUGCAUGAAACCCAGACACUUUCUUAGUGAUAAGAAGUUCAAUAAGAGAAAAAGUGAACCCCUGUAACUCCAAAGUGACAACAUUGGCACGGCUUCUUUUAGACGGGCUCUUUAUUAAACGCCGUGAAAACUAUAGAAGUAAAAGACAAAGCUUUAGAUAGAGAUACAUUUACAGACAGACAGGUGAUUUAACAAAAGUUACCUGCCACUUUGGACGUCUUUAAGAAACAAUCUUUGUCUUGUCCACUCUAGAUUGAAAUAUAUAGUAAUUAAAACAUCAUAACUGAUAAAUUCACAAAAUAUUGCAAACAUAAUUACAAAAUACCUUGACAGCCUCAGGAGACACGUGGCUGCUGCACGUAGCUCUGAUCCAGGCUUCUGUUCAUUCUGUUUACUCAAAUCUCGCAGUCUAUCUUACACGUGCAAAUCUCACGAUAACAAAAGCCGAUCGAGACGAAUUAAAUUACAAUCAUUUUACACAUUUCACACAUUAAAUACUGUUUGAAAUAAACAUACAUUUUUUCAAGAAAUAAAUUCUUUUGCUGACACUUACAACCCCAAUGGAUUCCAAGUUGUGGUGCAAGUCCUACUGGUGGGACUUGGUAAGAUGAAAAACCCAUAUUAACUCACGGACAGAGCUAAUAAUCAUCGAGAGCCAGAAACAAAGGUCGUGCACUCACAUUGGUUGUAUGUCAAACAGCUGCUCAAAAGAGGAAUGAGGUGGAGAAAAGUUUAUGUUCUCAAAGUACGAACUGAAGCAGAGGACCAUGGAAGUCCAGUCCGAGACCAAAACUAGGAUGUAGCAAUAAUAAAUAAAUAUUAGUUAACACUGUAGCAAGAUAUUCAGUCAGUUAUGUUGUAUAAUGCCAUGUGUGUCAGAUUGGGUGAGUCCAGUGUGACACUGGUACAAUGACGUAAAUUUUAAGCUCACAUCUGAAGAGCUUUUCUUAUUUCGCAAACGCUCAUAUGAAACCUGGACACUUUCAUUUGUACAUACGCAAGUAAAAAUAAUAAGACUGUGGGAAAUUAAUGACAUUUUACACAAACAUAUAGCUACAUACUUUGUAGGUUAAAUAAUGCUUCUACUUUUUUAAAAAUGGAAUUCUCAAACAAUAACAACAACAAAAACAAAGGAAAUAAGGAAAAUAACAAUGCUCCUGGAAAAUAAAUAAAUUGGGUUAAGUCACCUCACUGAAGGUAUUUUUGUUCCACUUUGGGUUAUUCUGCCUCCAGGCAUCUGUAAGCUUUAACCUGACUUAUUCAUAUAUGAAAUAGUUGUGUUGUGCUUUGGGUUUAUGUCUCUUAUUUCUCUGUGUGAAGAAAGAAACGUAAUCUUUUUGAGUAAUAGCAAUAGCGAUAAGCGUCCAUUGAGCUCUACUGUAAAAACAUUAGAGCCACCUACAAUGACAAGCACACAAACAUAAACAUAAAGUGUGUUUUCUUUUACUCGUAAGUUGGAAGCAAGCUUGUUAAAAGGCCUUCCAUUGCAUUCCUUGACUUAAUCUAGAGACCAGGUUUGGACUGUUGAGCAUGAAGUAUCAGAAACCUUUUCACAUUGGAACUGUAGUAAAUAAUCACGGUCAUAACUUUAGCUGCAAGCUCAAUGUUUUUCAGAAAGUAAACGUGGCAAGUAUUACAUGUAAUAAAAUCCUAAAACACA